CCGGCGGAGGACGACAACAUGGCGGCCUCCUUGCGCCUGGGUCGUCAGGGGAUAUUAUUUGGGCUAAAAUUAAACCAGUUUAAUAAAUGUGUCUGGGGUUUGCAGUCAUGGCAGGAACGCGCAAGACAUUUAUUUCAGUCCGCCUAUUGUCUUGGGGUCGCCCCACUCAAGGUGCAGAUGCCCGCGCUGUCCCCAACGAUGGAGGAGGGAAACAUAGUCAAAUGGCUGAAGAAAGAAGGUGAAGCAGUAGCAGCAGGCGAUGCCCUUUGUGAAAUAGAAACAGAUAAAGCGGUGGUUACCAUGGAAUCCAAUGACGACGGCGUACUGGCGAAGAUAUUGAUGGAGGAGGGCAGUCGGGGCGUGAGACUGGGCACUCUCAUCGCCCUCAUGGUGGAGGAGGGUCAGGACUGGAAGCAGGUGGAGAUGCCCCCUCCUGAAGCUGCUGCGCCAUCUGAAGCUGCCCCUGCCCCAGAAACCACGGCAACCGCACCAACACAACCCCCCACUCCAAAACACACGUCUGGACCCUUGCGUCUCAGUCCGGCAGCAAGACACAUCCUGGACUCCCAUGGGCUCGACCCAAAACUGGCCACAGCCACUGGACCAAGAGGACUCAUUACCAAGGAAGAUGCUCUAAAUCUCUUGAAGGCUUCUCCUGGUGCCAAACUUAUUCCACCUGUGGCUGCUCCUCCGCCCUCAGUUCCAAGUCCCGCAGCCCCCGCUCCCGCCCCCGCCCGAGCUCCAGCUGCGGCUCCUCCUCCCCCCGGCAGCCGACCCAACGUCCCUCCUCUGUCUGUGCCAGGGAAGCCCGCAGCACCGGGCACUUUCACAGAAAUCCCAGCCACAAAUGUGCGUCGUGUGAUCGCUCAGAGGCUAACGCAGUCGAAGACCACCAUCCCCCAUGCGUACGCCACCGUGGACUGUGACGUGGCCGCUGUCAUGCAACUGCGCAAAGAUUUAGCCAAAGAACAAAUAAAAGUGUCUGUUAAUGACUUCAUUAUCAAGGCAGCGGCUGUUACACUCAAAGAAAUGCCUGAAGUGAAUGUGACGUGGGCGGGGGACGGACCACACGCACUCGACACAGUGCACAUCUCUAUCGCCGUGGCGACAGAGCGAGGCCUCAUCACUCCUAUCAUUAAAGAUGCUGCUAGUAAAGGUGUCCAGGAGAUUUCAGAUAAUGCCAAGACCUUGGCUCAGAAGGCCAGAGACGGCAAGCUCCUACCUGAAGAAUACCAGGGAGGUUCAUUCAGCAUAUCGAACCUGGGCAUGUUCGGCAUCAGCGGCUUCAGCGCGGUGAUAAACCCCCCUCAGGCCUGUAUCCUCGCGGUGGGCACAUCCAGGAAGGAACUGCAUCUGAGCGAGGACCAGCAGAGCAUCCAGACACGGCAGCUCAUGACCGUUACACUGUCCAGCGACGGACGGCUGGUCGAUGAUGAAUUGGCCUCGCGCUUUCUUGAUAAGUUCAGAGCCAACCUGGAGCAACCGCAACGCAUGGCACUCGCGUAAACGGAAAAAUCCUGACAGGGAAUUGAAAACUUCCUAACAUGGCCUAUCUAGUACAAGCUCACUCAGAAAGUAUGUCUAUUCAUGGGUUUCAGCUUCCUGUUAUAGGAGUAUGUUUUUUGGGGACUUUUUCUCCAUUCAAAAGAUAUUGUGUUUGUUAAUCGCUAUGGCAACAGCACUAAUUUCUCCAUCACUCUGAAACCCAUGGAUAGUUAUGUUUCCAUUAGGGACCUGGCUACAUUAAAUGAUUAUAUUAACAGAAAUAAAAACACUAUAGGGAAAGGCGAUUUUGUUCUGGUUGACAUUUGAAAGGCAAGUUUCCUAUACAAUCUUCAAUAACUACCAAAAAAUGUUAUUUAGGGUGCUUUUUUUAAGUUUUUGUCAGCGGAAACCAGUUUAUAAAAGGAUUCAAAACAUUUUUAACAUGUGACUAUCAUUUUUUGGGUAUCACAAUACAUAGAAAGUUGUGUCAAAAGUUCAACGUAUAAAUAGCCAGUUCCCGUGAAUGCCCUGGGGUAGUUAUUUAUAAGAUGUACUUACGUUGCUUUCUGUACAGUUAUCAGCCUCUGUCAUGGAGGCAGCAAGUUGGUGUAAAAACAACAUUCAGGCCAAGGUGCCAAAUAUUACUGAUAGGCUGUAAAGCAUUCUGGUGUGUAUAUAUAGUCCUUAAACUGUUAAAGGUACACUGCGCAACUUUUCUGGUAGAGGGUCCGCUACCUGCUUGUCUCCAUGGUGAUGUUAUUGCUCUGCCCGGGAUGUUCCAUGGUAUGACAUUAAACACGUCUAUCUAGGAUUUAUUUAUUCUGGGUGUGUCUGUUGCUCAAAAAUACAAUCAUUCCUACUGUGAAUAUAAUGUAGUGUACUGCUGUUUGUCUCCCUCCUGAUAGAUAGGUUUAAUUUAUACUGUGGAACAUUCUAGACAAAGCAAUAAUGUUUCCAUGGAGAUAAGUAGGUAGCAGACCCUCCACCAGAAAUGUUGCGCGGUGCACCUUUGAUGCACUUACAAAACUGUAUGUUAUCUUUGUCCAGUGUAUUUAUUACUGAGAUCAGAACAUUUAAGUGCAGACGACAUUAAAUCAAUCACAUUUGGUUCUUUAAUAACAACGUAACAUCCCAGAAAUAUUUCAGUUCCAGUGAUUUCAUUUACAUGCCAAUAAAACAUUGUCCAACCUUA